AUGAUUGAUGAAAAGAGACUAAUUUUUGAUAUUGAUUCUCAUGACAAAACGUUAUUAAAAAAAAGCGAUAAAAUUGAAAAAUUCCAUUCAACAGUUACUUUAAAUGAAAACGCUACUUCCAAAUUCGAUGAUACUUGCAAAAGUACUGAUAAUAAAGAAACAAGUAAACUAAAGUUGAAACAGCAACUUGAGGAAUCGGAAAAUGGUGGAACAGAAAAAAAUGUCGAAGAACAAAACAGCAAAGAGUCUUUAAUGGACUCGACUAUUCCGAAAAAAAUUCGAAAACCAAUAAUAGUAUUUCUUCAUGGAUUUGGAUCCUCUGCCGAAGUCUUUGAAAAUCAACUUCAAUAUUUUUCAAUGAUGGGUUAUCCGUGUAUAGCUCCUGAUUUGUUGGGUCAUGGUAUGAGUUCUGUUCCUGAUAAAAAGCGUGAUUAUCAUUUUGAUAAGCUACUUAAUGACUUGGAAGAAGUUCUUUAUCAUUAUGCUUUUAAAUUUGGACAAAAAUGUGUCUUAGUUGCUCAUAAUUACGGAUGUAGCUUAGCAACAGCUUUGGCAAAUAAAUAUACACAUGAAAUUCAUCGAUUGGUUCUAAUAUCUGGUGGUGGGCCAAUACCUUUAGUAUCGCCGACGAAAGAAGGUGCAUGUCAUUGCUGUUUAAGGAUAAUUUUAUCUCCACUCUUAAUGUGUGGUUUCCGGCGAGAUAUAUUAUAUGCAACAAGAGGUCGACAGCAUCCUUAUUGUGGUUCAGAACAAAAAAAUCAAUGGCCUCUUCAUAUGAAAUAUGUUUUGGAUGGUAUGUCAUGGCCUGAAGGCGAUUAUCUUUUUCACAGAAGAGUCUGCGUUCCGACAUUGCUUAUACAUGGACUUAAAGACGACAAGGUGUCACUUGUGCAAGAAUGUCAAAUGGAAAGAACUAUGCCGAAAGCUAAUCUUGAAGCUAUUUCAAGGGCUGGACACUUACCUAUGAUAGAUACUCCGAAUCAAGUUAAUCACAUGAUACAUUGUUUUAUUAAUUUACUAAGUAAAAAAACAUGA